CGUCCCUGAGGCUAGAGUCCAGGGGGACCGGUGGAAGGGUCUCACCCUUUGCCCUCUGACUCCUCUUGUAAGCACCCUCGCUGGGCUCCUAAGCACUCCUUCACACCCUGGCUCUGUCACCAGCCCCAUAGUGAUGUCAUAAACUCCCAGAUGCCCAGUGUGCACCCGGCCACAGAGAAGUGGGUGACUUAGGAGUAUCCUCUCCGCUUCUGACCCUUAGUUUCGUCUGUGCACAACUCGCUCAAAAUGGGCAACUCACUAAGCGUAUUUUGUUCCUGGUUCCGCCGCAGGUCCUGGCCACGCCAUCGGCAACCUGCUCGUCUUGUCCGUGAGGCCUUCCCAGCUGGCCGGGCUCACCCCGCGGCUCCUGCACCUGUGCCUGCCCCGGGAAUCUGGGGCCGUUUCCCACUCCUCUUCAACCAUCAGCGACAUUUUGGGCCUUCUUUUCCAGUCGGGUGGGACGGCGCCCCUAUGAGGCUGUGUCUUAUCCCUCGGAACAUGGGCACCCCACAGAGGGUCCUGCCUCCUGUGGUCUGGAGCCCCCCCUCAAGAAAGAAACCCGUGCUGUCUGCUCGCAACUCCAGGAUGUUUGGACACCUCAGCCCCGUGAGGAUCCCUCGUCUCAGAGGCAAGUUUAACCUCCGACUUCCUUCAUUAGAUGAGCAGGUGAUCCCAGCCAGGCUCCCGAAGAUGGAGGUGAGGGCAGAAGAGCCCAAAGAAAUAACGGAGGUGAAAGACCAGGUAGAGACCCAGGGGCAGGAGGACAAUAAAAGGGAACCCUGUAGCAAUGGGGAAGCAGCUUCCACCUCUAGGCCCCUGGAGACUCAGGGAAACCUCACUUCCUCCUGGUACAAUCCCAGGCCCUUGGAGGGAAAUGUCCACCUCAAGAGCUUGACAGAAAACAACCAGACUGACAAGGCCCAGGUGCAUGCAGUGAGUUUCUACUCCAAGGGCCAUGGAGUCUCCAGUUCACACAGCCCUGCUGGAGGCAUCCUUCCCUUUGGGAAGCCUGACCCACUUCCAACAGUGCUCCCUACCCCAGUUCCGGGCUGCUCCCUGUGGCCAGAGAAGGCGGCCUUGAAGGUGCUGGGUAAAGACCACCUGCCCAGCUCUCCAGGCUUGCUGAUGGUUGGGGAGGACAUGCAGCCCAAGGAUCCUGCAGCUCUUGGAUCAAGUAGGUCUUCUCCACCCAGAGCUACUGGCCACAGGUCCCGCAAAAGAAAACUGUCGGGGCCACCGCUGCAGCUGCAACCGACCCCUCCCCUGCAACUGAGGUGGGAUAGAGACGAGGGGCCCCCACCGGCUAAGCUUCCAUGUCUAUCUCCUGAGGCACUGUUGGUGGGUCAGGCUUCCCAAAGAGAAGGACGCCUCCAGCAGGGCAACAUGCGUAAGAACAUGAGGGUGUUAAGUAGAACGUCAAAAUUCAAGAGACUAAGAGAGCUGCUUAGGAGGAGAAAGAAGAGACGGCAGGGCAGGCGUGGUGGCCCACGCCUGUAAUCCAGCACUUUGGGAGGCCCAGGCGGGCGGAUCAGGAGCUCAAGAGAUUGAGACCUGAGGAGCAUCUCUGCCUGCACCAUCUGGGAAGUGAGGAGCGCCUCUGCCCAGCUGCUCCACCGUCUGGGAAGUGAGGAGCGCCUCUGCCCAGCCGCCCCACCGUCUGGGAAGUGAGGAGCGCCUCUGCCCGGCUGCUCCACCAUCUGGGAAGUGAGGAGCGCCUCUGCCUGGCCACCGCACUGUCUGGGCAGUGAGGAGCGCCUCUGCCAGGCCCCCGCCCUCUCUGGGAAGUGACGAGCGCCUCUGCCCAGCCGCCUCACAGUCUGGGAAGUGAGGAGCGCCUCUGCCCGGGCCCUGCCCCGUCUGGGCAGUGAGGAGUGCCUCUGCCAGGCCGCCGCCCUGUCUGGGAAGUGAGGAGCGCCUCUGCCUGGCUGCCGUCCUGUCUGCGAAGCAAGGAGUGCCUCUGCCCGGCCUCCUCACCGUCUGGGAAAUGAGGAGCGCCUCUGCCUGGCCACCAUCCCAUCUGGGAAGUGAGGAGCACUUCUGCCUGGCCACUGCCCUGUCUGGGAAGUGAGAAGCACCUCUGCCCAGCUGCCCACCAUCUGGGAAUUGAGAAGGAGCUCCGCCUCUGCCUGGCCUCCACCCCAUCUGGGAAGUGACGAGCACCUCUGCCUGGCUGCCUCACGGUAUGGGAAAGUGAGGAGCGCCUCUGCCCAGCCGCCGCCCUGUCUGGGAAGUAAGGAGCGCCUCUGCCUUGCCGCCGUCCUGUCU